CCCGGCCCCGCAGCCCCGACCCGAGCGCGGGCGGUGGCCGAGCGCGGACGCGGAUGCUGGCGGGGGCCUCCGGCACACCGAGUCCGGCUUCGAGGCUGUCACCCGGGUCUGGUCUGUCUGUACAAUCCAGUUCCGAGGUGGAGCUUCUGAGCAUCCUUGAUUCCUAGAGGAAGCGCUGCCGAAGGAUGGAAUCAACAGCUUAACCUUGGCAGGUGUCUGGGUGGCUCUGGUUCAUCUGCUAUGGUCACGGAGCCUGAGGUCUAAGGAAUACAGGGACUUUUGUGAUGACAAUAUGACUAAUAGUAAAGGAAGAUCUAUUAGCAGUAAAACAAGUGGUGGUUUCAGUAGUGGAGAAGGUUUUGUCGAUUGGACUUUAAAUUUAAAUACAAUUCAGUCUGACAAGUUUUUAAACUUACUGUUGAGCAUGGUUCCAGUAAUUUACCAGAAAAGCCAGGAAGACAGGCACAAAAAGACCAACGGCCUUUGGCAAGAUGGGUUGUCAGGGGCAGGCCAGGCGUUCAGUAGCAGGUCCGAGCAGCACGUGGAGUACCACGGUUUCUCCGAGCAGCCUUUCCACGGGAGCAGCGGGCACGCACCCUCAAACUGCAGUCCCAAGUACGACGACUACGCCAACUACAAUUACUGUGACGGCAGGGAGGCCUCGGAAACGACUGCCAUGCUGCAGGGCGAAGACGUGUCCAGUGAGGGCGACGAGGACGUCAUUGUGGAAACAAGCCAAAAGUUGCCCAAGGAAUCCAGUGGCAUCAUGGCCCUGCAGAUCCUGGUGCCGUUUCUGCUGGCUGGAUUUGGCACGGUUUCAGCCGGCAUGGUUUUGGAUAUAGUCCAGCACUGGGAGGUGUUCAAAAACGUAACAGAAGUUUUCAUUUUAGUUCCUGCCCUUCUCGGUCUCAAAGGGAACUUGGAAAUGACACUGGCAUCCAGAUUGUCCACCGCAGUAAAUAUUGGGAAGAUGGAUUCACCCAUUGAAAAGUGGAACCUAAUAAUUGGCAACUUGGCUUUAAAGCAGGUUCAGGCAACAGUCGUGGGUUUUUUAGCAGCGGUGGCAGCGAUCAUCUUGGGCUGGAUUCCAGAGGGAAAGUAUUACCUGGAUCAUUCCAUCCUCCUGUGCUCCAGCAGCGUGGCCACCGCCUUCAUCGCAUCUCUUCUGCAGGGAAUAAUAAUGGUUGGAGUUAUCGUUGGUUCAAAGAAGACUGGUAUAAAUCCUGAUAAUGUCGCUACACCCAUUGCUGCCAGUUUUGGGGACCUUAUAACUCUGGCCAUAUUAGCUUGGAUAAGCCAGGGUUUGUACUCCUGCCUUGAGACCUAUUACUACGUUUCUCCACUAGUUGGUGCCUUUUUCUUGGCCCUAACUCCUAUCUGGAUUAUAAUAGCUGCCAAACAUCCAGCUACGAGGACAGUUCUCCACUCAGGCUGGGAGCCCGUCAUCACGGCGAUGGUGAUAAGUAGCAUUGGGGGCCUUAUUCUGGACACAACUGUAUCUGACCCAAACUUGGUUGGGAUUGUUGUUUACACUCCAGUUAUUAAUGGUAUUGGUGGCAACUUGGUGGCCAUCCAGGCCAGCAGGAUCUCCACCUACCUCCACUUACACAGCAUUCCAGGAGAACUGCCAGAUGAACCCAAAGGUUGCUACUACCCAUUUAGGACUUUUUUUGGUCCAGGAGUAAAUAACAAGUCUGCCCAGGUGCUCCUGCUUCUGGUGAUCCCCGGGCAUCUGAUCUUCCUCUACACCAUCCACCUGAUGAAGAGCGGCCACACCUCGCUGACCGUGAUCUUCGUAGUUGUGUACCUGCUUGCUGCUGUGUUACAGGUUUUCACCUUGCUGUGGAUCGCCGACUGGAUGGUGCACCGCUUCUGGAGGAAGGGAAAGGACCCGGACAGCUUCUCCAUCCCCUACCUGACGGCGCUGGGCGACCUGCUGGGCACAGCUCUGUUAGCCCUGAGUUUCCAUUUCCUGUGGCUCAUUGGGGACCGAGAUGGCGAUGUCGGAGACUAAUAAAUCCUACCUGCUGCUCUCAAGUCACCCAGGAGGAGCACCCAAGAUGACCACUUCUGGCUCUUUUCCAAAACUCUUACGUCACUAGUUUGACUUCUGCCAGGGUAAUCUUCAGUUGGCCCUGAUUCAAUUAAAUGGCCUUAACUUUUUUUUAAGGAAUUUUUCCUGAAACCAGAAUGAACAGUAUUUGUGCUGCUUUUUGUAGAAUAAAUAAUUUGACAUAGACCUAGAUACAAACUCAAGCUCUGAAAUUAAUUAAAUAGGAAAGAAUAUAUAUGUGUGUGUAUAUAUAUAUAUAUUAUAGAAUGUUUACAAUGAAUAAUUUUGAAACCACAGACAUAGCAGAAAUGUACUUUUAUUACUGUUUAAGUUUUAAGGCAAAGUCAGAGGAAAUAGCCCUAGCUCUGCCUCUGUCUGGCAGAUGUGUUGUACUUCAAAGCAUACCGUGAAUCGAAGGGCACCCACCAGGCUUUUAAUCAUCUGAAUUAUGCCCGCCUCUGUGCUAGCUGAGGAUAAAUUUACCAAUUACCUGCUCCUAAACUGACCUAAAUAUGUUCUGCUGAGCAUAAGAUAAAUUUGCUUUUACCUGCAUCUGAAAUGACCCUGGCCAACACUAAUUUAAUUUCAACUCUGCAAGCUCUUGGCAGGCUCCCCUUUAAACAAGGAAUGCUCUUGAGAGGUCUUUCAUGAGAGCAGUUGGCCAUUUUUGAUCACUGAUUUGUUGAUCUUUCUCAGAAAACAGUGAAAAAUGGAAGAUAACUUGAGCUGCAUCUGUAGACACAAGAUGGCAUGAGCAGUUGUGUGAGAGAGAGAGAAAUGAGAGAAGCUUUUGAUGAACUCCAGUGCCAGUAGUCGACCGUCAAGAUCCCCGUGCUCUUGAGCCAUGGGUAUAGAGGUGUCCUUCAGCACAGUUUAUUGAGGCUCCUGCCAUUUGAUCCCAACACUUUGCUGCUGAAUUCAGUAUUUGUUACCUACAUUGUAAUUAGUGGUUUCUUCUUAUUUCAAAACGAGAUAUUAUUUAAUAUAAUCCUGAUAUAGAUUCAAGAUUGGCAAGGGGUUCCUUUGCCCUUUUCAAGAGGCUCAAGGGGAAGCUGGGUUACUCACCAAGCACUCGAGCCCCCAUGCACCUGUCAGCACAGGCUUAUUUCCACAGGGACCUUAGGGACACUGCUGUAUUGUUCCAGUAUUUUUCUAAAACUCUCAGCUAUGGUCUAACCACUUAGCCAGCACCUUAGUUAUUCAGUAGAUGAGCAUUUUUAUUUCACAUACAGUUUGGGCUUUAACUGCAGUGCAAUCUCUCAAGACCAUUAUUUAAUAAUUAAAUUAUUAAACUGUUGAGGGAAUAAAAAGGCACAUAACUUUGAUGAUCAUCGUGGCUUAAGUUGUGAGUUAGCAUUAUUAUAUAAAUAGUAGGUUGUUUAAAAAUAUAUUGGGGAAGUAUUCUUGUUAAGCUCUUUAAAAUAAGGGGGCUGUGGUUUAGAGGUAUAUAUUUUUGCUUAUUUUUAAACUUUAAUUAUUCCAUUCUUCUGUCUUAUAAUGAAGGUUUUAAGGCAGAGAACUGAACUAAUUAUGGAAUUUCUCCCUUGGAGAGUUAUGAUAUCAUAUAGAGAACAUUCUUAUAAAAGAAAGAAUGAUUAAAUUUAAGUUGAUGAAUAUUUAGCUGCAAAGAUUUUUAUUUUAAAAAAAUCCAUGGAUUAAUUUUUUUAAAUCCAUGGAUAAUAUCUUUGAUUUUAUUGUAAAGCAUUUGUAAAUUAUUUACAUUUGGGCUCUAUGAUUCAUAUACAAUUACAUUUCUCAAUUAUUUCUAUUGAUUUUUUUUUUAACCUAGGGAAAAAAAUUGGAGAGCAGGCCACAGUUUUUAAGGUUGAGCUAACAACUUUAUCUGGUGCAUUCUGUAUUCCAAAGCACUUUUAAAGAUGGGCCGCCCAGUCCUCACAACCAGACCUGUGACCUAGGUCAGACACUGCUAAGUGACCAGCUGUCACCUCCCUGAAUUCCAGGUCAGUGCCCUUUCUGGGACACAUCCAUAGCCCUGUGCGCCCCAGGAGAACCCACCUGAUUAACUACAAAGAAGCCAAUUGGAGAAACGAGGUUUGCAAAAGUCCAAUGGAGUAGUGCACAUCGUUCACAUCAGACGGAGGCCGCGGUGCGAUGCGUCUGAGGGUGAGCACGGCCAGCUUUAUCCCCCAUAUUCCCAAGAUCAAAGAACUCAAACCACGAAAACAUUUAUAACAGGAGCUUCAGAAUGAAGAGCAAUGACUUAUUUCAUAGAAUAUCAAAUUGCCACCACCCUCCCCAGAGCUUGCUGUUUGCCAGGGGUGGUAAUUAGGAGGACUGAACUGAGCUUGUGUCCGUUUGCUUUUGCAAUGCAACCUUGGUUAGACCAGCAAAAUGUCUAAAAGGCAUGUAAUGGGGAGGGCACGAAAAUGGGAAGAUCAGUCACAGAUUAACAGAUUAUAAAAGGAUACAAAUUCCUUUAAAAAUUACUACCAGUCUUUUGAAAAGCCUUCAUAUAGUAUGUAACCAGUAAGAUGAUUUUUAAAAUUUAUCCAUAAAAUAAUUUAUUUUCAGCCUUAUGUAAUGUAAAUUAACAGUAUUUAUUUUUAUACCAUAUAAAAACUCCUGUUUUCCAAAAUUCUUCUUUCACUGAUUUAUUGGGCACUUUAUUUAAACAUUUUUAAGUCAUUUUUUCUAUUCUUGCCCACCAACCAUUUCUUUCAAAAGUCAAGUUUCUCAGAACCUAGUUAAAUAAAAACGUGUGGUAAUGUAUCUUCUGGGAGACAUUGAAAAAAAAAAAAAAAACUCCCACAGCACAGACUCUCCAUGAGGUCGCCAACUGAGUGGUUCAGUGGGUCUGGUCACAGGGCUCUCUUGCCUUAUGCUCUCUGUGGUGUGGCCUACCCGUCGGUAAUGGGCUUCUGUCAUCUUGAACUGUUGUAAACCCAAGAAUAAAAUUUACGAAACGUU